GAUGACCAGAGACUGCAGACACAGUACAGGGAUGACCAGAGACUGCGGACACAGUACAGGGAUGACCAGAGACUGCGGACAUAGUACAGGGAUGACCAGAGACUGCGGACACAGUACAGGAGAUGACCAGAGACUGCGGACAUAGUACAGGAGAUGACCAGAGACUGCGGACACGGUACAGGGAUGACCAGAGACUGCAGACACAGUACAGGGAUGACCAGAGACUGCAGACAGUACAGGAGAUGACCAGAGACUGCAGACACAGUACAGGAGAUGACCAGAGACUGCGGACAGUACAGGGGAUGACCAGAGACUGCGGACAG